AUGGAACGCAAGCACAAACCAGCCACAAUACCCGUGUCUCCCCAAAUGGCACAACCGACCGUCGACCUCAGCGACAACGUGCUGACGGCGCGACUCCCCAGCGGCGACUCGGUGACGGUAUAUCUGUACGGAGCGACGGUGACGUCGUGGAAGACCUCGAACGGCUCGGAACAUCUAUUUCUAUCCCAGGCGGCGGUUCUGGACGGCUCGAAACCUAUCCGCGGCGGCAUCCCACUGGUGUUCCCGGUGUUUGGACCACCGCCGAAAUCCCAUGCCACGGGCCAACUGCCACAGCACGGGUUCGCCAGGAACAGCUACUGGGAGUUUCUGGGCAAGAGCAGCAGCGAGAGUUUAGGUCGGAAAGCCGACGACAGCGUCAAAUUGGACUUUGGUCUGAGCAGUUCGAUGCUAGACGAGGCCGUGCGCAACAAGUGGCCCUAUGAGUUUGGACUGGUCUACAGUGUCACGUUGGAGAAGGGCCGCUUGGAGUGUCAGAUGAAUGUGCAGAACAAGGGUGACCAGCCGUUCGACUUCCAAUGUCUAUUCCACGCGUAUUUGGCUGUCAAGGACAUUAGCAAAACCGCAGUCAAGGGCCUCCAGUCGUCGCCAUACGUCGACAAAGUCCGUUCCGCACAGACCUUCACUGAAUCCUCGCCCGAGUUGACCUUCUCGUCCGAGACGGACCGGGUGUAUACGCCGCCAGCCUCGAAAGACAACACACUCGUCCCUCUGGUCGUGACGGAGGAUGGGGCCGACAGUUUCGUGGUGACGCGCGACGGGCUGCCUGAUGUGACGGUGUGGAACGGGUGGGAGGACAAGAUCAAGGCCAUGGGCGACUUUGAACCCAAGGAUGGCUGGAAGCGGUAUCUGUGUAUUGAGCCUGGCUCGGUCAGCUCGUGGACGAAACUCGAGGCUGGAGAUGCUUGGGAGGGCACGUGCGCGUUCGAAAGCAAGCUAUGA